UACUUCAGUUCUCUGGUGGCCAGUUUGAGAAGGACUGCCAUACUAGAGAUAAUAUAUUUAAAAUAAAAAUAUAAUAUAAGCGCGUGCGCUUUAACUUUUAAUUUGUAUUAAAUUGUGUCGUCUUUCAAGACCCAAAUUCUCCAACAAUGUCUUACUGCACGAGAAUUUUUCGGGCGCAGAAACUGUGUGGAUUAACACCUGAUAUCCAGCAAAGAUGUUUCAGUCUAAGUCCAUUGAGUUUUGCUGCGGCAAGGGUAGCAAUGUCAAAGUUCGAUCAAACAACCUACCUUCCGUACGACAAGUUGAGCGAAAAUUUGAAAGUCGUAAAGAAACGUCUUGGUCGCCCAUUGACUCUCUCAGAAAAAGUAUUAUAUUCCCAUUUGGAUGAACCUGAUAAGCAAGAAAUAGUACGAGGAACCAGCUAUCUCCGACUUCGACCAGAUCGUGUUGCCAUGCAAGAUGCUACAGCUCAAAUGGCUAUGUUACAAUUCAUAAGUUCCGGAUUACCAAAAGUAGCUGUUCCAUCAACAAUUCACUGUGACCACUUGAUUGAAGCCCAAAUAGGAGGAGACAAAGAUUUGAGCCGUGCUAAAGAUCUAAAUAAAGAAGUAUACAACUUCUUGCAAACAGCUGGAGCUAAAUACGGAGUAGGCUUCUGGAAUCCUGGAUCAGGAAUUAUUCAUCAAAUUAUCUUGGAGAACUAUGCUUUCCCCGGUUUGCUGAUGAUUGGUACUGAUUCUCACACGCCAAACGGAGGAGGUCUUGGUGGUCUUUGCAUUGGUGUCGGUGGUGCUGAUGCUGUUGAUGUUAUGGCAAACAUCCCAUGGGAACUUAAGUGUCCCAAGGUCAUUGGAGUUAAAUUGACCGGAGAACUUAAAGGCUGGACGAGCCCGAAAGAUAUCAUUCUAAAAGUCGCGGGUAUUCUUACGGUCAAAGGAGGUACUGGUGCUAUCGUUGAAUACUUUGGCCCGGGAGUCGACAGUAUCAGUUGUACGGGAAUGGCAACAAUCUGUAACAUGGGUGCUGAAAUUGGUGCAACUACAUCUGUUUUCCCGUACAAUUACCGCAUGCAAGAUUACUUGAAAGCAACAGACCGUGCUGACAUUGCUGCUUCUGCUGACAUGUUUAGAACUAGUCUGUUGACUGCUGAUGCCAAUGCUAAAUACGAUCAAGUUAUUGAGCUGGACCUGUCUACUCUUGAGCCACAUGUCAAUGGGCCAUUCACUCCAGAUCUUGCUCACCCUAUUUCUAAGCUAGGUGAAGUUGCCAAGAAAAAUGGAUGGCCUAAUGAAGUCAAGGUUGGUUUGAUUGGAUCAUGCACGAACAGCUCUUACGAAGACAUGGGACGGUGCGCUAAUAUCGCUAAACAAGCUCUUAAGCACGGUAUCAAGUCAAAGUCAACAUUCAAUGUAACACCAGGAUCAGAACAAAUUCGAGCCACUAUUGAGCGCGACGGUAUUGCUCAAACACUUCGCGAAUUUGGUGGUAUUGUAUUAGCUAACGCGUGUGGACCGUGCAUUGGUCAAUGGGACCGUCAAGACAUCAAGAAAGGCGACAAAAACACAAUUGUUACAUCUUACAAUCGUAACUUCACUGGUCGUAACGACGCCAAUCCAUCAACUCAUGCUUUCGUCACAAGUCCUGAGCUAGUAACAGCUCUUUCAAUCGCUGGACGUCUUGAUUUCAAUCCUCUUACUGAUAAACUCAAAGGCGCAGACGGAAAAGAAUUCCUUUUGGACAACCCAUUCGGGGAUGAACUUCCUUCUCGUGGAUUUGACCCUGGUAUGGAGACUUACGACGCUCCACCAGCUGACGGCAGCAAAGUUAAAGUCAAUGUUGAUCCAAAAUCUCAGCGAUUGCAAUUAUUAGAACCAUUCGACAAAUGGGACGGUAAAGAUCUUACCGAUCUAACUGUUCUUAUCAAAGUAAAAGGAAAGUGUACCACCGAUCACAUCUCUGCAGCUGGACCUUGGCUAAAAUACCGUGGUCAUCUUGACAAUAUCUCAAACAACAUGUUCAUCGGUGCAGUCAACUCUGAAAAUAAUGAGGUAAACAAAAUCAAAAAUCAACUGAAUGGUGAAUGGGGAGGCGUUCCUGACGUCGCUCGGCAUUACAAGAAGAACGGUAUAAGAUGGGUAGCUGUUGGUGACGAAAACUACGGAGAGGGAUCAUCUCGAGAGCACGCUGCUCUUGAACCUCGUCACCUUGGUGGUCGUGCAAUUAUUGUUAAAAGCUUCGCCCGUAUCCACGAAACCAAUCUUAAAAAACAAGGUGUUUUGCCAUUAACUUUCGCCAAUGCCAGUGAUUACGAUAAAAUUCAACCAACUGACAAAAUCAGUAUUCUUGGUUUGAAAGACCUUGCACCAGGAAAACCUUUAAAAGCCGAAAUCAAACACAAAGACGGCAAAGUAGAUACGAUUACGCUAAACCACACCUUGAAUGAACAGCAAAUCGGUUGGUUCAAAGCCGGAUCAGCAUUAAACCGUAUGAAGGAAAUCGCAUCAGGCCAUUAAUGAUUUAAUAAACACAACAAUUAUUCUCAAUGUGCUCAAAACUGAAUGCUAACAUCUUUGCAAAAAAUUAUUAACGCAGAUAAUUACGCGUAGGCUGAUCUAGCUGUAAAAAAUUAAUAAUUAUAUACUGUUAAGAAUGCAGUUUGUUUACAAUAGUCGAUGAUAUUUAUAUAUAUGGUUGAUUUACACUACGAUAGGCCAGAACGUAGUCAACAAUUGGAAAAUAAUGAAUGAAAUUAUGCAAUUUUAUUGUAAAUCGCAUUGUAAUGAUGCUUGAUUUAUAAUAUACAUUCUAGAUUAUUAUUAAAGAUAUAAAUAAUUAUGGAUGUGAUAUUUAAAAAUUUGAGGUAACCAAUGAUGAAUCGUUUCAUGUCAACGCAAUCAAUUCGACAAUACUUACCUCAAAUAUUAAUGACCAUUCUUAUUUAUAUCGUGUUAAUUUUACAAGUAUUUUUUUUUCGUCAUAUUUUUGGUAUUUACUUUAAAAAUAAAAAAACAGUUUUUUAUUAAAAAAGUUUGUAAAUAUCGGUCAAUUUUAACAUCGCCCCGUUACCAAUAUUUACAAAAUUAGUUAAUAUUAAAUUGUUUUUUUUUUCUAAAUUUUAAAUCAUAUUAGAGCCGAACGCAGUUAGUAUAAUUAUGUAUAUAAAAAAUAUACCAGUAACUCGUGUUUUUAAAUUAAAAAAAAAAAAAAAAAAUCAUCGUUGUAAUGAUAGAGCUAAAAAAAUCAAUUUGUACAUUAUUUAUCAGUAAACGACGAGGAGACUUUUAUCGACUCGAGUAAUUAUGCUCUUGUACGAUUCCUAAUUUUAAAUAAAAUUAUGUUUGAAAAUA